CAUUCAUUGCGAGUCCAAGUGAUUUCAAUGCUAUGUUCAUCCAAAGUUCUCCUCGCAGUGAAUGAGUGGAAGUAGUUUGAUUAUUUUCUAUACAAUAACAUUCCACAUCUACAAAACAAGACGAGAGUUAUUUAUCGAUAAUGUCCGAGUGGACGAGCGUGUGUGUGGCCGUUAGCUUGUCUCUCGUUCUUUUGCUGCUAGCAGGUUACUUUUUGUACUCGGGGCUUUUCUCACAAAUCAUCGUAUUCACUGGAUAUCCCCCUAUAAAGAAAGCCACAUUUGUUUACAAACUUAAAGAGGGACCGUAUAAAAACUGCGGGGAAGUUUUUAAGGAAGCGAACAGUAUCGGACCGACGCUUUCUUGCAUGGGGAUAUUUUAUGAUGAUCCUAAAAAGGUGCCUGGAGCUCAGUGCCGCUGCGCUGUGGGCAGCAUUGUGAGCGAGGGAGAGGACAAGGCGGACGAGGAGCUCCUGAAGCGCUACGAGACGUCUGGCUUCCGCGUCUUCUCCAUGCCUGAAGUCACACACGUGGUCACCACUUCCUUCCCUCACAGGAACAUUCUCUCCGUCCUCCUGGGAGUGAAAAGAGUCUAUCCAAGGCUGGAGAGCUACAUCAAGGAAAGAAAGCUGUGCGCGCACCCAUUCCUUGAGAUCUACAGGGAGGAGUUGAUCCACUUCAUGGCUCCGUUGGCUCGUCAGGGAGACUUCUAUGUUCCGGAAGUCCGUCUGGCAGAAAGGAGGCUUUUAGCAGAAGGAGAAUUGGACAGCGACUCCGACAUCUCAGGUGCAGACUCAAACAGCGAAUACAGCUCAGGGAGCGGGAUUCUCCUCUCAGACAGCAGAGAGACGUCACCGGCCGCCUCGCCCGAUCGGGACCACGCGGACGCAAGUCCCAGAGCGGGAGCCUCACGGGGUCGCUCGCUCGGAGAGCCGGACUGGGAACAGACUGAACAAGAAGGAGAUGGACCAGAGCGCUUGAAUAAAGACGAGAGGCUGAAGAGCCUUCAGGCUUCCCGCCCAAACUUGUGGGGGGUUGUUGGCGGUGAGGAGUGAAGGUCCAGAGGCUGUUAAAAGAUUUAUACCACCGCUUCCAUUUUGUCCACGAUUCUCUGGGAAAAAACUCACACAACUUAGUUCAACUCUCAGGAGAACUUUGUACUCUUUCCAUGACCUUCAAUUGUGUAAGAGCAUGCUCCUCAUGGAGGCAACAAUCUCCAAUGCAUCAUCAUGGAGUCAUGUUAUUUUAUGUUAUUUUAUUGUUUGUAUUGUUAGCAUGUCCUUUGGCUGACUGAAGGGGGCAGAAGUGCUGCUAUUUGUUGAGUUGGAACAUUUUUACAUUGGACUGACCCACUUCAAUCAUUCAUUCAUUUUUC